AUGACUUAUCACGUCGGCUCACUGUUUGUUAAAGCAAUUGGUGUAUCGUUGAUUGGGAGAAUAUGCUGCUUGGGGGAGAGAUUAAAGCAUUGCAAACGCUUUCCAUUCUCCAUAGAACUGAAAGGUAUUAAGGCCAGAGAUACUUCUUGUACAACAACGGAGCUUUUGGGCCGUGGUAUAAACGCCACCUUAGGCGUUCCCCGAACGGUAAUAUGGAUGUUUUUCGGAAUAUCCAGUGUUAUCGAUCACGUUACUGCACGUACACCAAGGUGGGUUAAUUCGGUAGAUAUGAAGCGAUGCACUCAUGCAUGUUUAAAUAUAGCUCCGUGA